AUGACGAUCACACUUGAAGAUGUCUCAGCAUUACUCCACUUGCCUGUAGAGGGUGAGUUCUUCUCCUUUGGUAACCCGACUAGGGAAGAGGCGGCUCCUGCGGUUGCUCAGUUACUUGAUGUGGACAUUGAGCUUGUGAUGGAGGAGUUUGAUGCUUGUAGGGGUCCAUCUCUUCGCUUUAGCUUUCUCCAAGCUAUUGUGGAGAAACACGUAGCGGCCAACAAUGAAGUUCCUGCAUGCCGAGCUUACAUGUUGCGGUUGAUUGGCAUGACCCUUUUCUGUGACAAGAGCAACACAUAUAUUGGUGCUGUGUAUUUGUCUCUGUUUGAAGAUGUUGAGAAUGCAUCAAGGUGGAACUGGGGAGCUACCACUUUGGCUUACUUUUAUGGUCAGCUCGGGGAGGCCAGCAGGAACGGUACUAAGUCUGUUGCUGGUUAUUUAUCUCUUCUGCAGUCAUGGGUGUUUGCCCACUUCCCCGGAUCCUUGUUUAAGCGCAGGGACAACCCUGCCUACACGCCAGACAGGCCCGUUGCACUAACUUGGGAGGCGCUUCGAGGGACUACUGAGGUUGCCUUGUAUAGGGGAUUUAUCAGGCAUGCCGGGAUGAUAUUCCCAUACCUCCCAGAUCGAGUCAUCAGGCAGUUUGGCCGGAUCCAGUAUGUGCCAGAUCCCCCACCAUCGUCAGUUACGUGCCGGGAGUGUGAUCGUCGAUUUGCGCACUGGAAUGAUCACAUUUGCCAUCUGUCAGAAGAAGCUGCUUUCCCUUUUCAGACCACUGGCGAAUACACUCCUUGGUAUAUCAAGGUCUCACACCCUUACAUGGUCCCAGAUGAGUACAAAGGCGACCGCUUCGCAUUUCUAGAGAGCCAGUUUGCGGAGCUUGCGUUGUACUCUGGCAUUGCGGUUGAUCCGACGACAGAUGGAUCGCCCCCGCCGGGUUCACUGAUGUGGGAUGCGAUGCACAAUAUGCAUACCAUCAUCGAGGGAGCAGUGCACGGGAGGGGAAGAAAGAUUAGGGGACGGGACUCGGGAGCUGGGCCUUCAAAUUUUGGGCGUUAG